GAAUUCCGUCGCGUAAUAAAACGCAGAAACGAGUCCACUCCGUGUCUUGUUGGGCGCAUGUGUGAGCCGCAGCUUUGCGCGGAUAAACAGCAGCUGUGCGCCGCGGAGCAACAAAAAGGAAACCAAGGGCGAAAAAGACUUCCAGCGGGUUGUUUAUACGGAAAUAAUCCUCCAUCCACACCUGCAGGAGACCCCCUCGGAGAGCUGAAGAGUCCACACCCGGAGCCGGAGCACCACUGCCGGGGAAGCAGCGCGAACACCCGGGUUGUUUUUCUCUUGUUUUCCGCGCAGACGGAUCCGUCCUGCUCCACAGCGGCCUCCAUUUUAGCUUCGUGCCCGGUCGCCGCCUCACGUGUCCUGGACUGUCUUUCUCACAUGACCCGUGUGUUUGUCCCCGUGAUCAGCGCUUCCAUCUCCGUAAAUCAGCGUCGUUGAACCCCGGGCGUCUUCCACCGGCAGCAGAGAGCUUCAUGGAUAUGCUGGAGCAGAGUCUGGAUAGCUCGGCGAGUCACGACAAACAGGAAUCAGAGGAGGUGGUGCAGCUGCAGGAAGGAGAAGUGGUGGGGGCGGAGGAGCACACUGCUGUGACCAUCACCGGUGUUCCGCAGGGCGCGUUCGCCGACCACAAUGUGCAGUAUCAGUUUCGCACAGAGAACAGCGGAGGACACGUGACCUAUCGGGUGGUUCAGGUGACGGAUGAUCAGUUAGAGGCCGCCGCUGACGGGAGCGGAGCCGUGAGCGUGGUCUCCGCAGCGGCGUUUGCAGGAGCCCCUCAAGCUGUGGCACAGGCUGUUAUCCAGAACCCUUUCAGUAACGGGGGCAGUCCCGGCGGGGAGACGGUGGGAGGAGAGACGCGCUUUGCUUACUUCCCCGCCGCCACCGUCAGCGAUGGAACAGCCGUGUCGGUGCAGGCCACCGCCGACCCGUCGAUCGCGCAGGCGGGAGGACAGUUCUACGUGAUGAUGAGCCCCCCCGAGGUGCUGCAGACGGCGUCCCCUCGCACCAUCGCACCGCGCGCACACACCUACACUGCAGACCUUGAUGAAAGCGAGAUGUUGCAGCAUGGCAGUUCAAACUGGAAGGUUGAGGGUCCACGGGCGCCCAGAGAUGAGAGGAGAAGAGCACAGCACAAUGAAGUGGAGAGAAGAAGAAGAGACAAGAUUAACAACUGGAUUGUUACUCUGUCGAAAAUCAUCCCUGACUGCAGCGUGGACAGCAGAAGUGGAGCGAGUAAAGGAAGCAUCCUGUACAAAGCCUGCGACUACAUCCGGGAGCUGCGUCAGAGUAACCAGCAGCUGCAGGAGAGCUGCAAAGAGGUGGAGCGAGUCAAGAUGGACAACGAGCUACUUAGACAACAGAUCGAGGAGCUAAAGAACGAUAACGCACUUCUUCGGGCACAGCUGCAGCAGCACGGCAUAGAAAUGAACGGAGAUUCGACACCGCAGUGAUUGUGGAUCGGACACUUGCACUCGCAUCCUCCUCGCCCACCUGAACAAUUCCAGGAGAGGAACUACGAUGAAAGACAAUUUCCAUCUGACUCUGGACCAGAUAAAAACCACGCACGGGACUCGAGAAGCCCUCUGAAGGACUGCAAACUGAAAACGCCUCUUCCACCUCCGGCAGCUGAACGGCUGCGCGCUCUGAAAUCUGUCGACUGUGUAGCUCAAACCGAACCUUUCGUCCUCCGCUGCGAGGAACGCGACCUCUGCACACCACCACCUCCACCACGCUUGCACCAAACUGUCUUUUUACUUUAAAUUAUAAAAAAAAAAAAAACUGCCACAGAAAAUUUACUUUAACUGAUUUUCACCCUUUUUUUUUUUAUUAUCGUUCCACAAACUCCUUUGUUUUUCCCUUUUAGUUGAUGUUUGCUACUAAAAGUGAAAUAGCUUCCGUUUACUUUUAAUUUAUCACUCUGUAAGGAAAAUGUACACAGAAAGGAAAAGUGUUGGUUUCUGCAUUUACUCUUUCCCAAUAAUUAACCUGCAAGUCAGAUGUUGAUCGUGCUCAUCACUAUCACUGAGGAUAUCUUUACUGUCACUGGAACGUGUGUGUGUGUGUGUGUGUAUAUAUAUUUGAUCUGCGUGCAGUUUUCUGCCUCUUGACACUGACACUCCGAGCAGCAGGCAGAGCUCACAAACUUCAUAAACGUAGCCCGAUGUCGGUAAAUUCAAAAACUAUAAGACUUUCCUGACAGGCAAAGUGUGCGAAGCUUUCCUGUCACAGGCCUGGUGGUUCUUAUUUUUACUCCAACGCCUUAAUAGGAGCCUGUUGGAGAAUCUAGGUGUUAACAUAGCUCAGGUAAUCGGGAUAGUGCACUGGCAAGUGGUUCCCAGACUCAAUGAAGUCUUCACAUAUGGAGAGUUUGGGUCUCUUGGGUCCCUCGUUAGGUGCAAUGUACAGAAAAAUGAGAAAAUGCUUUUCAACGUGUGAAUCCUUUUUAAUGGGCAUUAAAAUACAGUUUGUUUGUGUAUCUGCUUGUAGCUCAUUGGUGUAAAGUACUGAAAUAAGAGGGUUCAGUCACGUGAGGCCUCUCGACCUCCGUUCGCUGCGUUUUCGCGGCGUUUAGUUUUCUACAAUAUUUACAAAACCAUCGCCGCUGACAGAAGAGCGUCGAACAGCCACGGGCAGGAAUGUGCAAAGGAAGUUUGGAUGUGAAACUUGUUACUAACCAGCUUUUGUCUACACUGAGUCUCCACAGCAUGGAAAUAUAACCACUGGCAUGACUAACUCUGGUAUCACAAUAAAACACAAGCGUGAGCGUUGUUGGUUA